AUGGAUUGGAACAACCCAAUGGCGGUGUUUGGCUUUCCCGACGACCCCCAGCCAAGUGGUGGUGAAGUAGACGACGAAAAUGAUAACUUCUAUGAUGACGCCAACCCCAACGACGACGCUCACCCAGGAGCACCUCAACCGUCGAACCAUGACCAAAACGUGACCACCAACAUGACCCCCAAACCAAUCUCGCAAGCAGAAAAGGAUAGGAACCAGAAGCGAGCCGAGAUGCUGCGGGCCAAGCUGCUCGCACAGCGCCAAAACACGCCCUCCAAAGCAGCAUCUCGAUCCGGUACGCCAGCUCAGAUGAACCCACAACCUGUCGAAGCAGUGUCGUCAGUUCCAAUCGCGCCUAGUCAACCCAUUCAGACACAAUCACAAACAAACAACCCAAUCAAGGAGGAGGUCAAAGAGCAGCCCAAGCCAUCGAGCAACAUUAGCCCUCUCGAAGCUCUGCUCGACCAUGGCAAGGCGUUGGCAGACGAAAAGGCAGCCGCGCUUGCUGCGAGCGAGAACACCAGUUCUGCUACUGCGGAUGAUCUGACGAAGUCAGCGGCUCCAGCGGAGAACCAUCAGAAACCAACCAACACGAACGCCACGCAAGAGGCAGCACAAUGGCCUUAUGAGCACUCCGAGCGUUCUACCAAUCUCUCAGACUCCUAUUAUGCUGAUCUGCCAGCUUGGCUGGAGAUAACAGGGUUCCACGAUGUCGAGUUCCGAACCUCCAAGCUGUCCACAUACAAGGAGCGAAAGGCGCUAGAAGAAGAGGCUGCCCGCAUCGCCGAGAAGCUGGAGAAACUCAAGCAAGCCGAGCAGGAAGCGAUGCAAUCGCUCAGGAUGGCUACGCCCAAGCCAUCAGCCACUACCAUGGCCCCACCGCCACUCCCUGCCACCAUGCCGAAAGAGAUGGCAACUCCCAAGGUCAACGGUACCAACGGUACAAAGCGCGGACAUUCUCCAGCGUCAUUGCCGCCAGAGAAGAUGCGUCGUCUCGAAGACAACAGUGGCUUUCGCAUUCGUGGGGCCAAUGACUCGCCUCUCGAUUCUCGGCCACCACCACUUCGUCGUCCACGUACGCCCAGUCCGGCAGAUCUUGAGCGUCGUAUCUCCUACCCUGACGCCCGCCGUCCGUCUGUCAGCGAGCGUAAAGGUGGUUACAGACCUCCUGGAAGCAGAGGCGAGAGCGUAGAUGCUUUUCUCGAGCGCAAGGGCACAUACAGGCCUCCUGGAAGCAGACGCGAGAGCCGAGACUCUUCUCUUGAGCGCAGGCAGUCCUACUAUCGCGAGGAGGGAGAGAUCGCCUACGACAGCUACACCCCGUAUGAUCCUCCUCCACGUCUCCCCUUCAGCAACACCCGCAACAACUCGAACACCAAGGCACCACAGUACCGAGGCAGUGUACUUCUGGAUCUUCGCAAAGGCGGUGUACGAUACUUUUUGAUCAAGUCUUGGAAUCACGAGAAUGUGAUCGCUGCGCAACGUGAGAACUUAUGGGCUACACAAGAGAAGAAUGAGGAUCUGCUUGCAGAGGCCUGCAAAACCUCUCGUCAUGUUAUACUACUCUUCAGCGUCAACAAGAGCAUGGCAUUUCAAGGAUAUGCACUCAUGACCUCACCACCAGAUCCCAAGAUGCCCAAGCCUGCGUUCGCCUCAAAGCUCAACUGGGGGACCAGUGCAGCCUUCAGCCUGCGUUGGCUCGGUACUACGUCGAUCCAUUUCCGACUCAUAGGUCAUCUGAAAAACACGUUGAACAAAGACGAGAAAGGCGAAUCAAGAGCUGUGCUUAUUGGCAAAGACGGACAGGAGGUCAGUGCCGAUGCGGGCAUGGGAGUGGUCUGGGCAUUGGACGAGGCAGAGGCUACUGCGAAUGAGAAGGAGAAUCGUCGUUGA